AUGUCUGAAUCACUGAAUCAAGCAUCACACCUACAGGGUUCAGAAGGCUUUCACACACCUAGCGCUCGCGUCUAUAUUUCGUACGACCCUGCGAAUCCGCCAUCCCAUCCAGGGGCAAAUUGGACUCGUUUCGUGUGCAUCAGCGACACUCAUUCUCAUACUUUCAGUGUCCCCUCUGGGGAUGUCCUGCUUCAUUCUGGUGAUCUCAGUCGGCUAGGUCGGGAAGACGAGAUUAGUGUUACGAUAGAGUGGUUGCGUAGUCUGGACCAUGGCGUCAAAAUCAUCAUAGCAGGAAACCAUGACCUACCUCUUCAUGAGGAGUGGUACGAGGACAGUUACUACGCUUUCCACGACAAGAAAGAGUCAUCAACCGCGAUCAAAAGUCUUGUCGACAGUGAUGCAAAUCGCGAUCGAGGCUUAAUUUAUUUGCAGGACCAACAAUAUACUUUCAGCACCAAGGAAGGUGGAAGGGAGUGGUCUGUGUAUGGCUCUCCGUGGCAACCCUAUUUCGGCGGCUGGGCUUUCAAUUACUUGCCUGAGGAAGCCUAUGAUCGUGUUUCCGCAAUACCUGAGGUCGACAUUCUUCUCACUCAUGGACCUCCGCAUAACAUCCUAGAUAAAACCUUUACCAACGUCAAUGCCGGAUGCCCUACACUACUCGGCCACCUUUCCAAGAUGCGGGAGCCUCCGCUUCUCCAUGUCUUCGGUCAUAUACACGAAGCACGUGGCGCCGUGCGGCAUUCCUGGUUGCAGGCAGAUGAAGACCAAUGUUUUUCGGACUCAGAAUGCUCACCCGCUCUGGGAACGAAAGAGACGAUAAUGGUGAAUGCAGCUAACCUGCCUCUCGGGCGUCAGGCGAUUAGACCUGGACCGGGUGGCCAAAGGAUCCCAUGCGGUGGUCUGGGCUUUCAACCUGUCAUUGUUGACCUAUUAGAUUCGGCUACGCGGCUAGAAAUGUAA